AUGCCCCAUCCUGAUUCCAUUCAGCUAGGCACGAUUCACCUGAAGCUCUCGUUUAAAUUUCCGUCGUCCUCAGUACCACGUUGGUCUCCUAUCACAACUGGCUUCCUUGCAUCAAAUACCCUUUUCGAUAAACACUCAUCUGAGGUCGUUGAGAUAUUGCGCCUUGCAUUGAAUGACGUGGGGCUGGGCUUUCAAGUUGAAUGGAUCAGGCAUGCAGAUGGCAUCCUGAUCAGAUGCUGGAUUCUGCCUAGCGAUGUCCCUGGGAGUAUGUGGAAGUCGAUCAGGUCGAAUGAAAGAGAGAGGAUAGUGAAGGGUUUGCUCAUGAAUGUUCGCAGAUCGUGGGAGCUUGGAGAGGAGCAAAGGCAAGCUCUGAUGGACUAUCAGCCCGAGGAUGAUGCAAGUAUGCAGGAUAUCUAUACAGGUGUUCCAUCACCACAUGCACCCCAAUUCGGUCCUACAACAUCUUUACCAGAUAAAGAACUGUUCGAAAGUCUGGAGGCUUACGAAAACCCAUAUGGAGUGAGAACGGAUUUAUACAAAUACCAAAUCAGAUCUGUCGCAAAAAUGGUCAGAAUGGAAAUGCAACCUGAAAAGCUGGUUGAUCCAUUGUUUACGCCUUUUCGUGAAGCCGGAAGGGAAGGAGCGUACUACGUGAAUCUGUCAAAUUGGGACAUACAACGUCAUCCGGGAUGGUAUGAUCUACCAAAAGGUGGUAUAUUGUGCGAACAGAUGGGUACAGGAAAAACUCUUAUGUGCUUGUCACUCAUCGUAUCUACCCUGUUUCAGCCCACUCUGCCUCCCCCAAUCACCAUCGAUUUAUCACCGAUCACAACAGACAUUGCUGAGCGUACAUACCCCUUUACUGCGAAUCAUGACCUUCGUGCUCUCACUGGAUUUCCACGCUCGCAAACAGAUCUGGUCUGCCCCUCACUGGUAGAACUAUGUUCGAAUGUCAUCGCCACUUAUGAUCCCUCAGUAAAGCGUCGUCCGGACAUACCAGAUAUAUUUCGAGCUUUGUUAAACCGCCGAACGUUUUAUUGUGUUCUACCAGUAGACAAUGAGUGUUCUCGAAUUGCAAAGAAGAGGACGGCGAACCAAAGGGUGAAAAAGAUUUACCUUGCUAAAGGAACUCUGAUAGUGCUACCUCAAAUUCUGGUUCAUCAGUGGAUUGCUGAAAUAGAACAACACCUAGAAGAAGGAUUGUUGAAAGUGUAUCAGGGGGUGGGCGAGGAGUUGCCUAGCAUUGAGAUCUUACUUGAUUACGAUGUCAUACUGAUGGACACAUUAAGGUUCGGUGCCGAAGAGAGUCAACAUCGCUCAAAGUUGGGCUUGCCGUCCUCGGUCCUUCUUCAAGCACGAUGGAAACGUAUUAUUCUUGAUGAAGGUCAUACAGCUCAGUCGAAAAGUAGCAAUUCUAUGACUUUUGCCAGGCAGCUCAGUGUGGAGAGACGCUGGCUUGUCAGCGGUACCCCAACACGACACUUGCAGCAAGGCGGGGAAACUGAAAUAGAAUCAUUGAGUUUACCAGACUCUCAGAUGGUGACCACCGACACUUGCAAUUUUGAUGUACCUCUCGAUUCACACCAAAUGCGCCGUCCAUGGAACCAAUUUGAUUUGGAGGACGCACAACGGAUAGGAAGAAUGAUCGGAGGAUUCCUUGCUGCUGAGCCUUUCAAGACAGAAGGUGGAUUCGAGAAGAACGUAUUAUCACCAUUGAAGAAUCGCGAAGGACCAUCAUUUGGCGCCGUUAGACGAAUGAAAUACAUCAUGGAUGGCUUGAUGGUAAAACACGCGCCUAAAGUGAUAGACAUAGAAGCUCAAUUGCCGCCAUCAAUAAUCACGAACGAGAUGUUACGAUUUGACCCUAUGCAGAAGAUCACAUACAAUGUUCUCGCAGCCCUUGUGGCGAGUAAUGUCUAUACCAGUGGGGGUGAAGAUGCCGACUACUUCCUGCAUAAGGACAAUCGAGAAUCAUUCUUACGUGUCGUCGAUAAUCUUCAUCUGGCUUGCUUUUGGUAUUCAGCUAGAGAUAUGGGUACAGAAGGCUGCCUUGUUCGAACGCAAGAUUGGCUGCGACGUCAUCCGGAAGCGGAUUCAGAGAUAAGGCAACGCCUCGAAGAAGCGUGCUAUCACCUCGAGACCGCUAUUGACACACCUGGAUGGGACGAGUGGAUGACUAAUGCUAUUUCUAUGCCACUCGACGGACACCUCUUUCCUUCAUUGAUUAAAGCUGCCUGGUCAGAUUCCUUUGACACACAAUCAGACAUGGUCGACGUACAUAGUUUCAAUAAUAUAAGAGAACUCAAUAGGCAAGGUGCAACAAUUCAAGAACUCCAUAUUUCAGGAUGGGAUCAUCGUAAUGACAAGCUGGACGAGUUCAACAAAACCAUGACCAAGUACAUGGAGAAACACGCGAAAGAACAGAGGAAAUUAUCCAAGACCCAGAAUGCAACGGCUGCCAAAGCUCCCAAAGCGGUCAUCAAGGCUUCUCCGAGAAAGCGACCCAAAGAAACAGGGAAGAAAAGGAAGGAUGAGAUAGAUGAGCGAUUAGAAGAAGCAGAACGGAAUGCCGCUUUGGCUGCGACUUUCAGUUCCUCGGAUGUGAAUUUACCGAGACCUCUUCCUGCAGUCAUCCAAACCAGAAGUCGCUCCGCAAAAGUCAAUUUUGUCGGUCAGACUGUCCUAGCGGCAGAGAAGGAUGAUAAGUUCGUCAUUUUUGGUGACGCGUACGAGCUAGGACAUUUGACGGAGAUGCUGGAUCUUCUUGACAUCACCUCUACCUUCGUGGGUAGCGAAUUAAUGACCAAGGAUAGAAGAAAAGCCUUAGAUGCCUUCCAGAAGCCCGAAAUCAGGGUUUGCUUGCUGGACCUGAAGGUCGGCGCUCGAGGGUUAAACCUUGUUGUUGCCAACCGAGUUAUCUUUCUUCGACCUAUUUGGAGUCUGGAUGUUCAAGCUCAGGCGAUUAAACGGGUACAUAGAAUAGGGCAGACACGGCCUACCAAAAUCCAGAUUCUCGUUACGGAGGGGACUUUCGAAGAGGAUAUAGCUAAACGAUCGACCAAGAGUAGAUCUCAGGAUGACGAGAGACUGUACUCCAAAAAUAUGAUCGAGAAUCCUCGCUUUGUCUAUCCGGAACGAGACGAAAUACACACUUUCACCGUUCGAUUCACGCCCACAAGCGAGACUCUCGGGACAGCUGCUUCCAAUAUCCCGACUCCUACGGAGCAAUUGCCUGUUACUCCUCAAGGACGGCGUGCUGACAGUGAAGUGGUGUUUGCCACACCCGAAAGCCCUACCCCAAUUGUCUUGGAAGAUUCUAGCUCAAGCGAGUCUGCUCUGGGUAAAAGGGGAAGGGAUAGCGAAGAGAAACCAAAGAAGAAAGCUAGAGUCGCAUUCGCGUGA